AUGGAAGAGAAAUGGUCGUAUUUCAGUUUGAAACCGCAUUUAAGGAAUCUGCGCUACGGUGGUUACUGUGCAUUAGAUCCCAGUACACCACCGAGACGUUUAUAUGCACACAAAAUGUACAUGCGAUUUGUUUUAUUCGCUUCAAUCAUUUUCAUGAUCCAACAUGCUAUUAAAGUUUAUGAAGUGCGUAAUGAUAUGAACACCUUAAUGGACACGAUGUUUCUAUUGUUCACUUACUUCGGCUCUAUUUAUAAACAAAUUGUAAUGCUUUCCAAAGCUGAUGAUGUGCAAGCACUUUUAAACACAAUGAAAGGAGAUUUAUUUAACCAACCUGAAGAAAAACACCAUAAGCUGCUGAAAGAUACAGCACGAGAAGCGAAAAUCCUUGUAAACAUUUACAGCUCAACAUCAGCUGUUACUACUUUUCUAAUGGCUUUGUAUCUACACAUUUUAUAUUCUCAAGGCACGCCGAUUGAAUUUUCUAUUUGGUUUCCUUUUGAACCGAAUACAAAACUUAAUUACUACAUCCAGAUUUCUCAGAUAGCAUUUAAUAUAACAACGCUCGAUGCAUUUAUAACAUUCUUUAUACAUCAAUGUACAACGCAAUUGAAUAUUUUAAGAUAUGACUUGGAAAAUUUUGUGGACAGCUGUAAAAUGAAAUCAACUGAAUCUAAAAUAUCUUUAAUGAAAGCCUUUGAUAUGAAGUUUAGAAACAUGGUAUUACAUUUUGUAGAAAUUCACAAAUUUUUUUCAAAAGUCGAAGCGACAUACGGCGGGGCCGUAUUCUGUCAGUUUUUAUUCGGUUCAUGGAUUUUGUGCACCACUGCCUAUAGAUUUGUUGAAAUUGAUAAAACGUCAUUAGCUUGUUUUACAAUCAUACUAUUUCUGAUGUGCAUUUUAGCAGAAUUAUUUUUGUUUUGCUUUUAUGGUAGUAAACUAACUGACGCGAGUGAAAAGUUAAUGGAUUCCGCGUAUUUUUUAGACUGGGUAGAAAUACCAAUGAAAUAUAGAAGAAAUCUAAUGUUAUUUAUGGAAAUGAUAAAGAAGCCGAUCAUGCCUACGGCAGGAUCUAUAGCGCCGCUUUCAAACACUACUUUUGUUUCAAUUGUCAAAAGUUCUUACUCUUUCUACGCCUUUCUAAAAAAUACGGAAAAUUAA